UAUUUUCCUGUAUUUAUUAUUAUUAUUACAUGUAUUAUUUUACUCUAUUAUUAUUAUUAAAAGGAUACAUAAACACAUUUACAUUGAAGAAGAUGAGAAUCAUGAUUUGAUCAGACUUGGACAGUCUUAUCUUAAAUUACAGCUUGAUGUAAAUAUUCAAAAACAUUUAACCUACUGAUGCCUCAAUUAAUGUCAUUUUAUUGGUACAGAAGAGUCUCACUUAUCCAACAUAAACAGGCCGGCAGAACGUUGGAUAAGCGAAUAUCUUGAAUAAUAAGGAGGGAUUAAGGAAAAGCCUAUUCAACAUCAAAUUAGGUUAUGAUUUUACAAAUUAAGCAUCAAAACAUCAUGUUAUACAACAAAUUUGACAGAAAAAGUAGUUCAAUACACAGUAAUGCUAUGUAGUAAUUACUGUAUUUACAAAUUUAGCACCAAAAUAUCACGAUAUAUCGAAAACAUUGACUACAAAAAUGCCUUGGAUAAUCCAGAACGUUGGAUAAGUGAGACUCUACUGUAGUUCGAUACGCCGUAAUGUUAUGUUGUAAUUACUGUAUUUAUGAAUUUAGCACCAAAAUAUCACGAUGUAUUGAAAACAUUGACUACAAAAAUGCCUUGGAUAAUCCAGAACGUUGGAUAAGCGAGACUCUACUGUAGUUCGAUACGCCGUAAUGUUAUGUUGUAAUUACUGUAUUUAUGAAUUUAGCACCAAAAUAUCACGAUGUAUUGAAAACAUUGACUACAAAAAUGCCUUGGAUAAUCCAGAACGUUGGAUAAGCGAGACUCUACUGUAGUUCGAUACGCCGUAAUGUUAUGUUGUAAUUACUGUAUUUAUGAAUUUAGCACCAAAAUAUCACGAUGUAUUGAAAACAUUGACUACAAAAAUGCCUUGGAUAAUCCAGAACGUUGGAUAAGUGAGACUCUACUGUAAUAUUACUAAUAAUGCUUAUAUCUCACAACCUCUGAGGAUGGCUGCCAUAGAUGUGGGCGAAACGUCAGGAGAGAAUGCUUCUGGAACAUGGCCAGACAGCAUGGAAAAUGUACAACAACCCAGGGAUGCCAUGAAAGCCUUUGACAACACAAUACUACUACUACUACUACUACUACUACUACCAGUAAUAAUAAUUUUAUUUAUUUAUUUAUUUAUUACAAUACUUAUAUCCCGCCCUUCUCAUCCAUAGUAUAAAAACACAGUAUAAAAAUAUUACAGGCAAUUCAAUCAGUUAAAAAUUGAAUACAUUAAACAUUGAUAAAAAAUAUGCAUAUAAAUACACAGUUGGCGCAUUUUGAAUCUGAUAACUGGUCUGUCAUUGAGUUGUAAGAUGGUGAUAAUUGAUGCUGCUGUUAUUUAUCGAAAGCCUAAUAAUAAUAAUAAUAAUAAUAAUAAUAAUAAUAAUGGAGUCCCUGAUGGCAUAGCGGGUUACACUGUUGAGUUGCUGAACUUGCUGACCGAAAGGUUGGUGGUUUGAAUCCAGGAAGCAGGGUGAGCUCCCGCCGUUAGCCCCAGCUUCUGCCAGCCCAGCAGUUUGAAAACAUGCAAAUGUGAGUAGAUCAAUAGGUACUGCUCUGGCGGGAAGGUAACGGCGCUCCAUGCUGUCAUGUCUAGCAGUUCGAAAAUAUGCAAAUGUGAGUAAAUUAAUAGGUACCGCUCCAGUGGGAUGGUAAUGGCGCCCCACGCCAUCAUGCCAGCCACAUGACUCUGGAGGUGUCUAUGGACAAUGCCGGCUCUUCAGCUUAGAAAUGGAGAUGAGCACCAACCCCCAGAGUCGGACACAACUGGACUUAAUGUCAAGGGGAAAACCAUUACCUACCAUAAUAAUAAUAAUAAUAAUAAUAAUAAUAAUAAUAAUAAUAAUAAUAAUAAUAUUUAUAUCCCAACACCAUCGCCCAGAAGGGACUCAGGGCGGCUGACAGAACAGCACAUAUUAAUGCCAUAAGAACACAUAAAAUACAAGUAAAAUACACAACAAUAACAAUAACACAAAAGAUAAAACCGAACUCAGUUUAAAUAAAAUACUCAAUAAAACGCAGCAAUAGCUACUAUUAAGAUGGGCAAUACAAUAUUAUAAAUAAAUAUUAUUUAUUUAUCGAUCGUGUCAGAAGCGAAGUGAGAAUACAGUUAUAAUGUAUAGAAAAACAACAAACAAAGUUUAAAACUUGGCCUGAUACUAUAUUUCCAUUGACCAGAAGCUGGCGACUUGGAGUGCCUCUGGUGUCGCUCAGGCGGUUCCGGGUUUUAGCCUGCCGCUUUUGGACUCUUGCUUGCUGGGGUGUUCCUAUUUCUUGAUUUAAGGAUCUCACUUGGAGAUGCCUCUUGCCCGAGAAAAGUUUGAGGCAGCUCCUCUACAACUCCGGAAGGCUUUCCAACUUUCCAACGACGUUCCGAAGAUGCCUUCCGAGCUUUUAAAUCAACUCUUCCCGCACAACCCGGACUUUGUUUGCUUCUUAAUCUUUCCUUUGGCUGGCACGGGAGGCCAAGGGCCAGGGCUCCUCCAAUCUCAGCCCCGAAAGAUUGUCCAAACCUAUAAAUUCAAUUUUGACAAAUGAACAGCUAAAGCAGAUUAACCUCUUUUUUCUCUCUCUUUUUUAUAUAGUGGUCGUGGUUAAUCCUUAUAAUGGUUUUAGAAUCUCUUUGCCCUGUAAGAAGAAAAAAAACCAACAACGCUCAAAGGCCUUCUUUUCUAUUCUUUUCAUCCCUGUCUCGGGCUUGUCUACAUUUUCUCUUGUUUUAUUUCCCCUUUCUUUCUUUCGUUCUCUUUUCUAAUACGAGAUGCUAUCUCGGUAAACACAACAUCAAGAAAUCCCUUCUCCUUAUUGGCCUGCGAGGCCGGGGAGGGGGAUUUGAUCGCCAGCCUUUAUCAAAAGUCCUCUUUGUGAAAUCUGGGUCUUAAAUCCCAUAAUUCUUGGAUAAAAGAGGCAUUACCGGUCUAUUUUCCCCCGAGUGAAAGGUACGGUCGGGAUGAAAGAAAGCAAUCAGCCCAGAGACUCAUAGGCUAAGUGGAGGAGGGCCCCGGAGAUGGCAUUCGGUGAACCAACCUGCACUAGUUUUUAGGGUUGUUGCCGUUUUCCCGUCUCUCCAAAACACUAUCUUGGCCUUGCUUGGGGGUCCGGGCACAACUGAGCUGACCCUAGACCCCCAUUCAAUUAGGAUCCAAUUUAAAUGCCAUUAUCAUCAUCAUCAUUGUCGUCGUUGUCAUCACCAUCAUGCCAUGUCUCCAUGCUGUCCUGUCCUGGGAGUUAUAGUUUCCCAGGUCCAUCUCUGGGUGCAUUUACACUGGAGAAUAAAUGUAGUAAGGACCCAAUUUAAAUGCCACUACUACUACUACUACUACUAUUAGUAUUAUUACUAUUAUUAUUAUUAUCAUCUUGCCAUGUCUCCAUGCUGUCCUGUCCUGGGAGUUAUAGUUUCCCAGGUCCAUACCCAUCUCUGGGUGCACCUGCACUGGAGAAUAAAUGCAGGCGGGAUCCAAUUUAAAUGCCAUUAUUAUUAUUAUUAUUAUUAUUAUUAUUAUUAUUAUUAUUAUUAUUAUUAUUAUUAUCAUCAUCAUCAUCAUCAUCAUGCCAUGUCUCCAUGCUGUCCUGUCCUGGGAGUUAUAGUUUCCCAGGUCCAUACCCUUCCCUGGGUGCAUCUGCACUGGAGAAUAAAUGCAGUAGGGACCCAAUUUAAAUGCCAUUAUUAUUAUUAUUAUUAUUAUUAUUAUUAUUAUUAUUAUUAUUAUUAUUAUUAUGCUAUGUCUCCAUGUUGUGCAGUCCUGGGAGUUAUAGUUUCCCAAGGUCCAUACCCAUCUCUGGGUGCAUCUGCAUUGGAGAAUAAAUGCAGCAGGGACCCAAUUUAAAUGCCAUUAUUAUUAUUAUCAUCAUCAUCAUCAUCAUGCUAUGUCUCCAUGCUGUCCUGUCCUGGGAGUUAUAGUUUCCCAAGGUCCAUAUCCUUCCCUGGGUGCAUUUACACUAGAGAAUAAAUGCAGUAGGGACCCAAUUUAAAUGCCACUACUACUACUACUACUACUACCACUACUACUACUAUUAUUAUUAUUAUUAUUAUUAUUAUUAUGCUAUGUCUCUAUGUUGUGCAGUCCUGGGAGUUAUAGUUUCCCAGGUCCAUACCCUUCCCUGGGUGCAUCUGCACUAGAGAAUAAAUGCAGGCGUGAUCAAAUUUAAAUGCCAUUAUUAUCAUCAUCAUCAUCAUCAUCAUCAUCAUCAUCAUUAUCAUCAUGCCAUGUCUCCAUGCUGUCCUCUCCUGGGAAUUAUAGUUUCCCAAGGUCCAUACCGAUCUCUGGGUGCAUUUGCACUAGAGAAUAAAUGCAAGUGGGAUCAAAUUUAAAUGCCAUUAUUGUUGUUGUUGUUGUUGUUAUUAUUAUUAUUAUCAUGCCAUGUCUCCAUGUUGUGCAGUCCUGGGAGUUAUAGUUUCCCAAGGUCCAUACCCAUCCCUGGGUGCAUCUGCACUAGAGAAUAAAUGGAGCAGGGACCCAAUUUAAAUGCCAUUAUUAUUAUCAUCAUCAUCAUCAUCAUGCCAUGUCUCCAUGCUGUCCUGUCCUGGGAGUUAUAGUUCCCCAAGGUCCAUACCUUUCUCUGGGUGCAUUUGCACUAGAGAAUAAAUGCAGUCGGGACCCAUUUUAAAUGAUAUUAUUAUUAUUAUUAUUAUUAUUAUUAUUAUUAUUAUUAUUAUUAUUAUUAUUAUUUUAAUGUAUGACACAGCAAACAAGAUAGAUAUGCUGGAUUUCAUAUCACAAAAUCACAAGUCAAACACUUCCCAAGUGACUAGGACUGUGUGAUGUAUUUUCGGAUGAUGCGCGCAGAUCCCAGCAGGGUGGCCUUUUGCAGUUGGAAGAUCGUAAUUUUGUCAAUGUCUAUUGUUUCCAAAUGCCGGCUGAGAUCUUUUGGCACGGCACCCAGUGUGCCCAUCACCACCGGGAUUAUUAUUAUUAUUAUUAUUAUUAUUAUUAUUAUUAUUAUUAUUAUUAUGCCAUGUCUCUAUGCUGUGCAGUCCUGGGAGUUAUUGUUUCCCAAGGUCCAUACCCUUCUCUGGGUGCAUUUACAGUAUGGAAUGAAUGCUCUUGCACCCCACUUUGAAUGCCAUGGCUCCAUGCGAUGGAGUCCUCCUGGGAGUUAUAGUUUCCCAAGGUCCAUACCCUUCUCUGGGUGCAUUUACAGUAUGGAAUGAAUGCUCUUGCACCCCACUUUGAAUGCCAUGGCUCCAUGCGAUGGAGUCCUCCUGGGAGUUAUAGUUUCCCAAGGUCCAUACCCUUCUCUGGGUGCAUUUACAGUAUGGAAUGAAUGCUCUUGCACCCCACUUUGAAUGCCAUGGCUCCAUGCGAUGGAGUCCUCCUGGGAGUUAUAGUUUCCCAAGGUCCAUACCCUUCUCUGGGUGCAUUUACAGUAUGGAAUGAAUGCUCUUGCACCCCACUUUGAAUGCCAUGGCUCCAUGCGAUGGAGUCCUCCUGGGAGUUAUAGUUUCCCAAGGUCCAUACCCUUCUCUGGGUGCAUCUACACUGUGGAAUGAAUGCAGUUGGACCCUACUUUAAAUGCCAUGUAUCCAUGAGAUGAUCUUGGGAAUUGCAGUUUGGAAGGCUUUGGUGGGCAUUGACCUUGUUUGAGUCCACCAAUAGAUCCUCAUUGUUAUAUGUUUUAGGAACCAUGGUGGUGCAGUGGGUUAAACUCUUGUGCCGGCUGAUUUGUUGACCUGAAGGUUGAAGGUUUGAAUCCAUGAGAUGGGGUGAGCUCUCGUCUGUCAGCUCUAGCUUGCGGACACAUGAGAGGAGCCUCCCAGCUAAUACAUUUGGGCGUCCCCUGGGCAAUGUCCCAUUCUCUCACACCAGACUUGCAGUAUGUCCUCAAGUCGCUUCUGACACGAUUAAAAACAAACCUGAUCUAUGUUUAUGUUAUGGAUCUUUGUGUUGUAUUGAGUUGUAGUUCAGUUGUGAGGUCUGUUGACUGGAUCUGUCCAUUUGUCAUUCAACCUUUUGGGAUGUUUUGGAACGGAUCGGAAACAGGAUCAAAAGGGAGCAACUUUUUUGGGUCUCAACGGAGCAAAUAAAUUGGCACCGGGCAAAGUCCUCGCCUGGAAAUCUUUGGGAGUGCUGAUGUUAUUUUCUGUCUCCUAUUGCCCUGCUAAAAUCCCUUCAGGUUCACCGACAUCCCCAUGUUGUACGAUAUGACAGUUUCCUUUUGAUGGGAAGGCUUUCAUUUGGUCAAAGGGGUGGGAAAAAAAGAUAAUUUGCUCUUCUUUUUAAAAAGGAGUUAAUCCUCCUGGGCCAUUUCUAGGCCGGGCGAAACGGCUUUUCUUUCUUUCUCCGCCGCACCCCCCCCCCUCCACCCUCCCCACCUCAAACCAAAGGCUUCGGACACAAUGGGUAUCAUAACCACCUCAAAUCUACACUCGAGAUCGAGAAAUCAGAUUUCCUUCUGGAGUCAUUUCGCCAGGAUUAGCUCCAUCUUAGAGCCACACUAACCCUUCACAAAGCUGUCAAGAUUAGUUAGAAUGUAUUUUAUUCCACGGCUUUCUAUCCGAGACGGAUUAUAUAGAUAUAUAUGUGUAUAUUUAGGCUACGUUCGGGGGGCGGAGGCGUGGGGGGCGAGAGAGGUGAGGCGGGGGGAGAGAUGUGCCUUUUGGCUCGGCUGGCAGUACAUAAAACAGAAAGGCCUGGGAGGAUUCAAUGAGAAGCACCGGCCACCCGGAGAAGACGUUGUGAUCGUUUUCUCGGGCGUUCGGAAAACACGUUUCUUGGGUCCACCUCCGCAGAAUAAGAUCUGUUUUCGUAGAACAACACAUUGCCAGGUACUACUACUACUAACUACUAUUACGGAAGAGCAUGUCGGGUGAGACUCCGGCAGAUGGAGAGUUUGGGAAGAGGAGCCUCAAGAGACCCUGCUCCUUCACCAUUGAGAACAUCCUCGCCGGUUCGGUGGACCAUCGGCCACAGGUGUUUCUCCCACUCUGCUUUCGAGGUGUCCUGGACAGCGAACCCAAAGUGUUGGGAAACUCGCUGCAGGACGAGGUGGAAGCCGACGAGUCGGAGGCGGACGUCGGGCAAUGCGGUUGUUGCUGCUGCUCUCACGGUGGGGCUCAUUCGUGGCCGGAGAGCAACAACUGGCUUGAUGCCAGGUUUCCCUGGCCCAUGCGGCUCUUCCACCCAGUCGGCAGGCCAUGCAGGAGCCUUCGCGGGAGUCCGAGCGAGCUGCAAACCUUCCACCAGAUCCAGCGACGGACCCGCCGGCACCGGACCAUCUUCACGGAGGAUCAGCUGCAGGCGCUGGAGGCCCUCUUCCACCAAAACCAGUAUCCCGACGUCAUCACCCGAGAGCAUCUGGCCAACCGGAUCCACCUGAAAGAAGAGAGAGUUGAGGUUUGGUUCAAAAACCGCCGGGCCAAAUGGCGGCACCAGAAGAGAGCCUCGGCCUCGGCCCUCGGUCUUCAAGGCCCCAAGAAACCCUCUGAGGGAAGCUGCUUGUGAAGAGGAGUGCCGUUUCACCGGUCGGACGAGGGCAGCCCUUUUAUUUCUGGAUUAGAGUUAGGGGGUCGGGGGGAAAAGAAGAAAGAUAGUUGGCCCUUUCACAAAUACGGGUACGGCCCCUGUAUCUGCCAAUCGAUACCCUUGUUUCCAUUUCAGUCUGUCCUCUAGGCAUUUCUUAGGUCCUCCGGUGCAACUCUGUGGUAUCUUUCUCUCACAUUGUAAGAGAAUUUCCUUCAAAGGGUCCUGGCUCAGGAGGGAAAUCAGGCAGAAAACUCAGUCUCGGGAGAGAUGCAAAAAGCAAAGUUUAUUAUCAUAGCUAUGAUAAGGCAAACCCAUUUCAAUGGGUCCUGUACCAUGCAACGUGUGCGUAGCAAACAAAGAAUAUAUACCUUUGGCUUAUCUAAAAUUGACCGAUGGCUGAGGAUCUUCCUCACCUUCCACACCUACUUGACAUAAAUGAUAUCAAAGGCCUCACUUGUUUACUCUGAGCUUUCUUCUCUCCUUGGAACUUCCUGGAGAAAGGCACCAGAGGCAAAGUUACAUAGGCAAAUGUUUACUAUUUUCUGGCUUAUGGUCCCUUCAAUAUAUCCUUCAUGUCACUAGAGACUGCCAUUAUCCACUGUUUCACGUAUCCACGCAAAAGUCCGGGAAGGUAUCCCAUGCAGAUGCAGGAGUCGUCUUGUAUAGCACUGUGAUUCCACUGUGCAAUCUUGGGAUUCGUAGUUUUGGGCGACGCUCCAAAUAAAUGGCUUGUUAAGGCUCCUCACGUGUAUAAAGUGAUCUCUCAAGUCGUACCUUGUUCUGCUCUUUAUUUGUUGCCGGGUCAAAUAAAUGACAGAUUCAACAGGC